AUGUCGCAAUCCCUUCGUAUAGCCAUUCUCGAGUGCGAUACCCCCAUCGACCCCAUCAAAACCAAAUAUGGUCCCUACGGCGACAUCUUCGAAUCCCACCUCAAGGAAGGUCUCAGGCGCAUCAACGCAAAUGUCUCUCUCCAAUUGACCAAGAUCAAUGUCGUCCAACCAUUUGUGGAUUAUCCCAAGCCAGAGGACUUUGAUGCCGUUCUCCUAACUGGCAGCAAACACGACUCCUACAAAGAUGAACCCUGGAUCCUCACCCUCACUCGAUUCGUGCAAGACUGCUACCUCAUCCACCAUAAACCCGUGAUUGGGAUCUGCUUCGGCCACCAGAUUAUUGCGCGUGCGCUGGGAGCCCGCGUCGGUCCGAAUGUAUCGGGGUGGGAGGUUGCUGUUGAGUCGGUGGAUUUGACGAGUGCUGGGAAGCGGCUUUUGGGGAAAGAUUCUUUGGCGAUACAUAUGAUGCACCGCGAUAUCGUAUAUGAGGUGCCGCCUGGAUGUGUCAAUCUGGGAGCUACAUUGAUCUGUGGUAUUCAGGGGUUAUAUGUUCCCAAGCGCAUUCUUUGUGUUCAGGGGCAUCCGGAGUAUAAUGAGUUUAUGGUGUCGGAGUUGUUGAAGCUGAGGCGGGGAAUGCUGGGAGAGGCGUUGUAUGAGAAUGCGAUGGCGAGGGUGGGGAGAGAGCAUGAUGGGUUGGUAUUUGCGGAGACGAUGUGUCGGUUUGCUUUGGGAAUAUUAGAAUAA